UUUUCUUUUACAGGUUUACCACUGGCAGAGUCACCACAUAAAGCAUAGUGGUGUGGAUGAUAUGGUUCUUUUGACAAAAAUUACAGAACCUGCCAUUGUUGAAAAUUUGAAAAAAAGAUACCUUGAUGAUCAAAUAUUUACUUACAUCGGGCCUGUGCUCAUAUCUGUUAAUCCGUUCAAACAGAUGCCAUAUUUUACUGAGCGGGAGGUUGAACAGUAUCAAGGGGCUGCAUCAUACGAAAACCCUCCUCAUAUUUAUGCUUUGUCUGACAAUAUGUACCGCAACAUGCUUAUUGACAAUGAAAAUCAAUGUGUGAUUAUCAGUGGAGAAAGUGGGGCUGGAAAAACUGUUGCAGCCAAAUAUAUUAUGUCUUACAUUUCUCAAGUGUCAGGUGGUGGAUCUCGAGUUCAGAAAAUUAAAGAAAUCAUUUUAGAAUCUAAUCCUUUAUUAGAAGCUUUUGGAAAUGCCAAGACUGUACGGAACAAUAACUCAUCACGAUUUGGAAAAUAUAUUGAAAUACAGUUUAGCAAAGGUGGAGAGCCAGAAGGUGGCAAAGUUUCAAAUUUUCUUCUUGAAAAGUCACGAGUAGUAAAUCAAAAUGUAUAUGAAAGAAAUUUUCACAUAUUUUAUCAGUUAUGUGCUGGUGUUACUUCAGAUAUGCAGCAAAAUUUAGGUAUUAUGAAUCCUGAUUAUUACUGGUAUUUAAAUCAAAGUGGCGCAUACAAAGUUGAAGGCACAAAUGAUGCUCAUGACUUUCAAGAAACAUUAAAAGCAAUGACUAUUAUGGGCAUGUCUGAAGAGGAUCAAAUGAAUGUGCUACAAGUGGUUGCAGGAAUUUUACAUCUAGGCAAUGUUACAUUUAUAGAAAAGGGAAAUUAUGCAGUUGUGGAAGAUGAUCAAUUUCUAGCAUUUCCAGCCUAUUUAUUUGGAGUGGAUUCUGAGCUUGUCAAAACUAAGCUAACUAGCCGGGUCAUGGAUAGCAAAUGGGGUGGUCAGUCGGAAACUAUUCAUAUGCAGCUGAACCCAGAUCAAGCUGCAUACACCAGAGAUGCAUGGGCAAAAGGUCUUUAUUCCCGUCUUUUUGACUAUUUAGUUAAUGUUGUAAAUUCUGCUAUGAAAACAGAGUUGACUGAUCUAACAAUAGGAAUUUUAGACAUUUAUGGUUUUGAAAUUUUCCAGAAAAAUGGCUUUGAACAAUUUUGUAUCAAUUAUGUUAAUGAGAAGCUACAACAGAUCUUUAUUGAGCUGACUCUAAAAGCAGAACAGGAAGAAUAUGUUCAGGAAGGCAUCAAAUGGAAUUCAAUUGAAUAUUUCAAUAAUAAAAUCGUGUGUGAUUUAAUUGAGAGUAAAUCUUCUCCUUCAGGCAUUAUGUGUAUUGUGGAUGAUGUAUGUGCAACAAUGCAUGCUGUGAAUGAGGGUUCAGACAAUCAGCUUCUUGGGAAACUGAGUAAAGCUGUUGGUUCUCAUGCUCAUUUUCAAAGUGCAGGAGCAGGAUUCAUAAUUCACCAUUAUGCAGGCAAAGUGACGUAUGAUGUAGAAGGCUUCUGUGAAAAAAAUCGGGAUGUAUUAUUCACUGAUAUCAUACAAGUUAUGCAAAGCAGCGAAAACCCCUUGAUUAAGAAUUUAUUCCCUGAAAAUGUGUCUGGAACCAUAAGGAGCAGACCAACAACUGCAGGCAGUAAAAUUAAAACUCAAGCAAAUCAGUUAGUUGAUGCUCUUAUGAAAUGUACACCUCACUACAUUCGGUGUAUAAAACCAAAUGAGACUAAAAAGCCUCAUGAUUGGGAAGAAGAUAGGGUGAAGCAUCAAGUUGAAUAUCUAGGCCUGAAAGAAAAUAUCAGGGUUCGCAGAGCAGGAUAUGCUUAUCGACGACCUUUCAAAAAAUUUCUGCACAGGUAUGCUAUAUUAACAAAACAAACAUGGCCAUCAUGGGCAGGAGACCCCAAACAAGGUGUUAUACAUAUCCUUAGAAGUGUAAAUAUGGAUGACGACAACUAUCAACUAGGAAAAACAAAAAUUUUUAUUAAAGCACCAGAGUCGUUAUUUUUACUUGAAGAAAUGAGAGAGAGGAAAUAUGAUGGUUAUGCCAGAGUUAUUCAAAAAGCAUUUAGACAGUACUUUGCUAGAAAACAAUAUCAGAAAUUAAAAGAACAAGCAUCUGACCUCUUAGUAGGCAAGAAAGAAAGGCGAAGGUACAGUCUUAAUAGAAAUUUUAUUGGUGAUUAUAUUGGAUUAGAAGAUAAUCCAGCCAUUAGAGCUUUAAUAGGAAAAAGAGAAAGAAUUGAAUUUGCAGAAACUGUAAAUAAAUAUGAUAGACGUUUUAAAGUCACAAAGCGAGAUUUAAUAUUAACACCCAAAUGUGUAUAUCUCAUUGGAAGGGAAAAGGUUAAAAAAGGUCCAGAAAAAGGACGUUACAAAGAAAUUAUAAAGAGAAAAAUAGAAAUAGAAAAUAUAUCUCAUAUUUCUUUAAGUACUCACCAAGAUGACUUUAUUGUUAUUCAUGUCAAGAAUGAUUAUGGAAGUCUUUUGGAAAUAACAUUCAAGACAGAAUUUCUAACUUUGCUCAACAAAAAGUUUCAGGAGCGAACAAACAAACCUUUAAAUAUACAGUUUAGUGAUUUACUAGAGUUUAAAGUGAAAAAGGAAGGCUUUGGUGGGGGUGGAACAAAACAAGUGAAAGUAGUUAAUGGCCAAGAUGCACAGCCAGUUUGUAAAAUCAGUGGCAAAUUGAUGACUGUGAGUAUAGCUCCUGGACUUCCAAAGGAAUCUCGUCCUGGUAGCAGAGACUUGGAAGUUGUAAGAAAUAGGAAUUCUGUGCGUCCUUUAGUCAAUCAUAAAAGGUCAUCAACACGUAUGGUACCACGAAGAAAUGCUCCAGCACCUCCUGCUUCUAAUCCUGCUUUACAAUUAGCACAUGCCUUAGAGUCUAGAAAAAUAGCUUCAUCUGUAUCUAAUUCUAAAAAUAUUCAAAGAAAUAAUGAAAAAAUGCCAGUCUUAUCUAAAGCAGUAUUUGAGAAGAGAUUGAGCCAAAAGAAGAUUCAUCCACAGAGCAAUGGAAAUGCAUCUCAAGACUUUUUAAAAACACCUGAAGCUGGUGUGGCUGGGUUGCAAAGGUUAAACACUCGACAAAUAAAGCCACCACCUGGAGGUGGCAGGCCAAAACCACCUGCUAAACCUAAACCUGCUCUACCUCAGUGCAAAGCUAUCUUUGCUUAUGAUGCCCAAGACACUGACGAAUUAACAUUUGCUGUUGAUGAUAUAAUAACUGUGAUUAAACAAGACCCAUCAGGAUGGUGGUUAGGGAAGCUGAAAGGAAAAGAAGGAUUGUUUCCAUCAAAUUACGUCCAAACUAUAUGAACGUACCCAACCUGUUCUUCAGAAUAAGCACAAGAAUUUUAAUUGGUCACUGUUAACCAAUGAAUGAGUAUUUACAGGGUGUACUGGAGAAAAAAAGAAAAAAAAAAGAAGAAGAAGUUAUAUAUCUAAUCAUACAUUUUCAUAAUUUUAGUGUGAAAUGGAAAUGCUUUAGAGAAUUAAUUUGCAUAUAUCUUAAAAGUGUAUGGAAACACAUAUAUGAAUUGUUAAAUUGUAGCUGUUUCAUCCCAUCUUUUUCUAAAUGUCAGAGGCAAAACUAUAAAUCAAAAACUAGAUAUUAUCAAAGUUAUUAAUAUCCUGGAACUUUUCUCGAACUUUCAAAUCUAGAAAUAAGGUAACUUUUUUGUUGUUGUUGUUGUUUAGAGUUCAUGAAAAUCUACAGAUUUUGAUUUUUGAAUAAUAUGCAAGAUAUUGUAUGUGUCUCAUAUAAAAAUGUUCCUAUUUUUGGGGGGUGCUGUAAAAGAUUGCUAGAUAGAAGAAGCCGUUAUCUGUGAUACUUACUACAUCUUACAGAAAGUGUAUGAAUAUUUUUGAGGAAACUUCUUUUGUUUGUAAAUAGUUUGUGUUUUGACUAAUGUGAAAAUAUGAGUGAUGAAAUUCUAGCAUUUUUGUUAACUAUAAAACCAUAUUUGCUUAUACCUAAAUACUCUAUUAACAAGGUCACUGUUAGCCAAUGAAUGUGACUUAUGUAUACUAAAUGUAGUUUGAGAGUGUACAUUUUUUAAUCAUGUAAGAAAGCAUUUAGCAAUUUUUUUAAUAUUAAAGCACGGAAAUUAUUAUAUAUAAAUAAUGUUUUGUGCCCUAUACUCUUAAACAAAUUGUUAUAUGUUUUAUAAAAUUGUAUAAUGUAUUUCAUUUUUGUACAAAUUCGCUGCUAGUCUGUAGAAUAAAAUGUAUUUUUAAAAUAUGUUUCUAAUUCCUUCCUCUAUUCGUAUUUUCACCUAUUAUUUUAAUUGCAGUUGAUUUUAAAGGUUCUUAAAUAAAAUUCCAUAUAUAAAUUAUAAUAGUUUCGCUCUCUGAAGUAUUGUGCUUAUUAUGACUGUUGAUUUUGAAAAGUUGUAAACUAGUGAAACAGCACUUUAUUAUAGCUAUGAACAGCGAAGCAAAAUUUUAAAGAAAAUCUUAAUUUUCUUAUGAUUCCAAGUCAAAGGGCAAGUUAACAUCUUAACAUUUUGCUUCCGGAUGAAUUCAGAAAUGAAUUGCACUUAAUACGUAUUUAGAUCUUACUUAUCAAAUAAAAAUUUGGACUCUUGAUCAUAAAUCUCACCAGCUUUUAGUUAAAAAUAUUAAGCAAUGCUUAAUAUUUAUGUUAACUGUAUUUUCUUAGAUAUCAGUGUAUUAGUCUGCAUAUGAAGAGAAAUGAAUGAUAUUGUAAUUAUAAAAUUAUUUAGUCAUUAAUAUAGAGAAAGCCUUUUUUGGGGCUUCUGGUUUGAUAUAGUAGUAAGGAAAUCACAUUAUUGCCCAACUAAUGAAUUUAUAUUCAGGUAAAAUGCCUGCGGAAAAGGCAUUCUGAGAAAAAUAGGUUUAUGUUUAUAUCAUAUGUGGAAAAAUUCCGUAACCAGUCUGUUCAGUAGAAAAUUGAAUUUAUAGUAAAAUUUCUAGUUUUAUUGUAUAAGCCAGUGAAAGGUUUCUUGAUAUGAUUUUAUUAAUUUGACCAGUAUUGAUAUAUAUGCACCACUGUAUCCACAAAAUUCCUUAUGCAGCCUUUAUUUUCAUAAUCAUUGUUCAUGUGGUUCUAAUUACAAAAUUGUUUUAAAUUGUGUAUAUAUUCAUGCUAUAUCAUUUUUAAAUUUAAAAAAAAAAUUGUAAAUUUGUAAAAAUUAUGCAUUCUAACUUAUGGUCUCAUCUGUCUCUGUCUUUACGUUUAAUGAAAGUUUAUAUUUAUUGUAAAAAAUAAAACACAAAAAGUUAGAUUCCCACAAAACAAGAAUUUAUCCAUACAUUUAAAGUUUUAUAUUCAGGUAUUGUACACAAAUUGAAGAGCAAAAUGCUUGCAGCUGUAUAUAACUAAAAAGGAAGUAUUAAUUUAAAAAGAAAUUUGUGUAUGUUAAUAGAUUGAGAAGCACUGCUAUGUAGAAAAUAUUGAUCUUUUUCCAUUUUUUUUAAAGAAAUUUUGUUCAUAGAAUCUUACAUUAAUGUUUUUUCUAGAGAACAGUAGCAAGCUUCAUAAAUUAAUAAUGAAAACUAUUUCUAGUACAAUGAAUUUUUGAAUAAUUUUAAAGUAGUAAUUAAUUAUAAUUCUAAAGUAAUAAAAUUGCAUGAGAAUAUUAAUAAUGUAUUUUUAGCUGUUGAAAUUACUUGUGUGAAAAUUUUUUCAUGAAGUAUGUUAACAGAAUUAAAGAUUGUUACAAACCAGCAAAUCAUAAAAGAAUAUCAUUGAAGAACAUUAAAGAGGGAAAAGAUAAUCUGAAAUUAUUCUAAUUCUCUUUUAACCAACCCUCAAGAUGUGCAUCAAAAAUCCUAUAUUUCGAAGUUAAAUAUCUCAGUUAGUUUUCAUCAUAUAGCAGUGAACCCCCCCCCUUUUUUUUUUCUUUUUAGAUUGAGUAUGAACUGUCAGUAAAUGUAACUGGGAGGGGCCAAUUAAUAGUUUAAUAUAUUUUUAGAAAACUUUUUUUAAUUUAAAAAAUCUAAAAUUUGGGUAUUUUCAUCAUGUAAAACUUAUUAAUAAUUAGAAUUCUGUAUCUAUAAUCAACAUCUGGAAAUUAAAGGCCACAAGGACUUUUCAAGACAUAGUAUGCAUGUGUGUGUGUGUAUAUAUAUGUAUAUUAUAUAAAUAAUGGGCGACCUCAAAAUUAACUAUUCUAGAUUUGGUGCUCUUCCCCCUAAAUUCAUUUGUUCUCUUAAAUUCGAGAUCUUCCAUGUUAUAUAACAUUGCUUGAAAAAGGUAACUAAAGUUAACCAAUCAUAGCUUGUCUCUACAAUUGCAUCUACUUCGGUAUAAAUACCUCUCGCGAGUUAAUUACGUCAUUCUUUUCCUAGCUCCUGCCAUGCUGUCAACUCUAUGCUACUUUGCCUGUCUUUCUCUUAUUCUAAACUGACAUUGUAACCCCAUUAAUCUGUGUAUAUAAGAAAAUAUUGUAAUUGCUUAUGAUCUAGAAGUAUAUUGUCUAUGAAGUGUUAUUCUAAUGUGCUUAGAAAUAAAGAUGGUAAUUAGCUGAA